AUGUCACAACCGCGCCAAUACCCAACCCUGCCCCGGGAGGGCACUCUCGCCAACCUCCCAGCCGAAUACCCCACCAACGCGCAAGACCAAACCUCCCAAAUACUCGCUACACCCUCAAUUAACCGUCUCGUCGUACUUGACGAUGACCCAACCGGCACACAAACCUGCCAUGACAUCUCCGUACUCGCCGUAUGGGACAUUCCCACUCUCGUCACCGAGUUCCAGACCACUUCACCGGGUUUCUUCAUUCUAACCAACUCGCGCGCCCUCCCUCCCCCAGACGCCGAGGUCCUCAUCCGAACAAUAUGCGAGAACGUUCUUGAGGCAGCCAAGAAGACCAAUAACAAAGUAGAUAUCGUUCUACGCGGCGAUAGCACACUACGCGGUCAUUUCCCGCUAGAGCCUGACGUCGCGCAGUCUGUCUUCGGACCAGCCGAUGGCCUCGUUCUAGCACCGUUCUUUUUCCAGGGUGGACGCUUCACAAUUGAUGAUGUUCAUUAUGUUGCUGAGGGUGAUAGUCUCGUUCCAGCAGGGGCGACGCCGUUCGCCCAGGAUGCUACUUUCGGUUAUAAAAGUUCUAAUUUGCGGGAUUAUAUACAUGAGAAAGCCCCCGGGCGCUUUACAGCUGAUCAAUUGCAUUCGGUGACUAUUGAAGAGAUUCGGCGGGGAGGACCACAGGUUGUUUGUGAGAAAUUACUUACGACGCCUGUUGGGGGUGUGGUCAUUGUGAAUGCUGCCGCCGAGUCUGAUAUGCAUGUCUUCGUUGCUGGACUGCUACUCGCCGAAUCAAAGGGGAAACAUUUCCUCUACCGCACCGGCGCAGCCUUCGUCUCAACUAGACUCGGCAUCCGUUCCAAAGCUCCCAUCUCCGCCACCGAACUGCAACUCCCAUCCCCACGGCAAACCGGCGGUCUUAUUGUCGCAGGAUCAUACGUGCCAAAGACUACAGCUCAACUCAAGGUCCUCACAGACCGGCUAGGUGCCGCCGGCAAACUGGCCAUUAUCGAGAUGAAAGUCGAAGACCUGAUCGCGUCACCCGAGACAGCGUCGCAGACCGUGAAGCAGGUCGUUCGGGAGACGGAGGCUUAUCUUCAGGCUGGUCAGGAUACUUUGGUUAUGACUAGUCGAAAGCUUAUCACUGGCGCGGAUGAGCUUUCGUCUUUGAAGAUUGGGUCUGUUGUUGCGGAGGCUCUUGUUAGUGUUUUACAGCAGAUUGAGGUGCGGCCGAGAUAUAUUAUUGCCAAGGGUGGUAUCACUUCAUCUGAUGCUGCUACCAAGGGGUUAAAUGUCAAGCGUGCUACUAUCGUCGGUCAGGCUGCGCCUGGUGUGCCGCUUUGGCGGUGCGAUGAGCCGACGUCUCGUCAUCGCGGAGUGCCCUUCGUGGUUUUCCCUGGUAAUGUGGGUGGAGAGAACACUCUGUGUGAGCUGGUGGAGGGGUGGUACUAA